AUGUCGACCACUCAAGAUGAUAGAGUCCCGGAUUCGGACACCAUCAAAAUGUUUAUGGGUCAAAUUUCUCGGAGUUUAGACGAAGAUAAUCUGAAGGCGUAUUUAUCAGAAUAUGGGCAAGUUUAUGAAGUCAAAAUUAUUCGAGAUAAAGUUUCUGGAAAAAGCAGAGGUUGUGCAUUUGUCACGUUUUACUCUAGAAAAGAUGCAUUAACAGCGCAGAUGGCACUGCACAACUUAAUCACCAUGCCAGGGCUGGCUCAUCCGAUUCAAAUGACCCCGGCAGAUGGUGCAAAUCAGAAGUCAUCUGCAGUUGAGGACAGACGGUUGUUCAUAGGAAAGAUAUCAAAGCAUAUUACCGAAGAGGAGCUACAAUCAGCUUUCACGCCUUUCGGGGAGAUCGAAGAUAUGUUUAUAGUUAGGGAGCCAAAUGACCCAACACUGUGUAGGGGCUGUGCUUUUGUGACCUAUGUACAUCGGGACUCUGCCCUGGAUGCCAUCAAGCACCUCCAUAUGACCAAAGUCUUUGAUAGCUAUGCAGAGCCGACGAUUGUAAAGUUUGCUGACACACAGAAAGAGAAGGAGAAAAAGAAAAUGUUACAGAAUCAGAGCAAGAGUAUGGUACCAUUUGGACAGAUGCAGAUGAAUGGUAACAUGCCAGGCCUGGCUGCUAACAACAUAAUCUCCAAUCAAAUGCCAAAUGUUGCUAACUUGCAGAAUAAUCUACAAAAUGCCCAACUGCAACAGUUGUUUGUAGCUGCCCUGGCGACGACACAGAUGUUCCAGAAUAACCCAUCUGGUCUGGCGGCAUUGCUCUCAGGCACACCACAACAGCAACAACAGGCGAUUGCUGCAGCAGCAACAGCUACUUCAGCGACCACGCCGCCGAACCAGAUGCCAAUGGCAGGGGGAGCUGGAGCAGGAGGGGGUGCAGGGGUAGCUGGAACUGCCUUCAGCCAUCAUCAGUCACCUUCCUUCCAACAGUCCAUGGCUCAGGCCAAUGCAAUGAUGAGUAUGUUGGGCCAGUCAUACGGCUCCGAGCUGCUGGCAUCCUAUGGACUUCAGAAUGCUUUCGCCGCCUACAACCAACAAGAGACCAACUCUUCUAAUUACUACCAGGCUCCAUCUUCCAACCAGGCGAAAGGUCCAGACGGCUCAAACCUGUUCAUCUAUCAUUUGCCAUUGGAAUACAGAGAUGAAGAUUUGUACCAAAUGUUCAGACCAUUCGGUAAUGUCCUCUCCGCUACCGUCUUCAUGGAUAAGAAGAAAAAUGAGAGCAAGUGCUUUGGGUUUGUUAGUUAUGAUUGCCAGACUUCAGCGGAACUCGCUAUAAGGUCCAUGAAUGGAUUCCAGGUUGGUUCAAAGAGGCUGAAGGUUUCCUUGAAAACCAAUACAGCUAAGCCAUAUUGA